AUGUACGGAUCUUCCUCACAGCCGGUGCCCGACCAACCCAAGUUCGUCUCUGCUAUUCCAGACUACCUCGCCUCCCCACGCACAGUCCCUGCUCGCUGUCCAGUCGGCCACGUUGCCCCUAUCGUCAACAAUGCCGCCACAUUCAGCCCCUCGCUGUCGGAAUCGGUUCUCUUCAUUGUGGGCGCUCAAGCACAUGCUGGUGGGCUCGCUUACGACGUGUUGGACGGCCCACGCUCGUUCUUCGCCGGGGCGGUGGAACCUGCAUCAUCCAGUCCCCUUGCCCCUGGCUCGUCGGAAUCGGAGGACGUCACCCGGGCUGACGGACCGGUGACCUUGGACGUGGCUGCAAGUACGGAUGCGGCUGGCCGCGAGACGCGCGCAAUCCUCGCUUACUUUAGGUCCCGCGCUGCCAUGACCGCCUGGCGAGCGGCGGGCUUUGAGAAGUGGUGGACCGAUCCUGCCCGCGAGAGAGAUGGUGAGGAAGGAUACGGCUGGUUCCUUGAAGUCCUCGUACCCAGCGCCGACCGGCGGGAAACGAUCAUUUCUAAUCCGGAAGGACAGCGGGAAGGUGUUGCGGUGCUCGCUGAAGGUACAUGCGGGCCACUUUUUGAAGGGGGAUAUCGUGGGGCGUCUCGGGAUCGGCUCGCAGUGUCCCAGAACGACUCGCUCCUUGGGGAGGGAGAAGGCGGUCCUGAAACCGUUGAUCCACACGCCAAAGACCAAGAGAACGAUUCACCAUCACUUGUGCGAACAGGACGUGUCCAAGUGCGCGGGCAGAAGAACCUUUGCGUCAUUCGAUCGGGACAGGACUGGCGGGGCGGCGGUGACGAGGAGCGUGCCAACUACCCUUCGAUCCAGCGUUCGCUACUACACGCAAUGGAUGACUUGAGGGAACAUGCUCGCGAACUAGGCUGUCACGGGAUACGCUUUAUGACCGUCCUCGACAACGAUGUUGAGCCCACCGACCGCACAUUUGGUCUCGCCUAUUUUGCGUCGCUGACGCAGCUCGAAGACUGGGCCGCCACACGCCCAGCUCACCUCGAUGUUGUCCACCGUUUCGUCAAGUAUGCCACCGAACGCCACGGCAACAUCAGUGUUCGCCUGUGGCACGAGAUCUAUGUGCUCGAACCGAGUAUGCAGGAGUUCGAGUACAUCAACUGUGCUCCCGGCGGAGGUGUGCUUGGUGUCUCGUAG